AACCCGGAAGAACGGCCGACGAGGUUACCCAGUUGAGGACUCCCAAACGGGUCCACCUUUUUCCCAGGUGUCGCUCCUUGAAAGCGAGUACCUUAUAAAUCCCAAGCGCGUACUCCACACUUUCUCCCCCUUUCACUUUCCCCUUCCUCUAUCCAAUUUAUUCGUUCAUCGAUUCACCCUCCUCGCUGUUCAAAAGAUACGAGGACUCUCUCUCUCUCUCUCUCUCUCUCUCUCUCGGCCCCAUUCCUGUCUUUCGCUCCAACUCUAAACCAAAAGCCCUUUCGCUCUCUCGCUGCCUCUGUUAAUUCUCGGCUGUCUGAUCCGUACAUUUUUUCUGAUCUCUGAACCUCCGAGCGAGCAAUGGUGCGAGCGCUACAACCUGACUCACCGACCUGCAACUCGGAGCGGAUACUCGGAUAAUGGAACUCACCGAUUCAAGCGAAGAACUUAGAGACCGCCAUAACUCGAAGCCUAAGCUCUCGGAGGCUCGUUCCGGCCUCGGAAUCGACCUCAAUGAGAUCCCCUCCCCUCCUCUCGCCGAAACCCUAUCCGACUCCCUGGACGUGGUGCAGAACUAUCACGACAACCCGCCUCCGCCGCCUGGAGGACCUGCUGGGCUCCCUGGAGAGGACGACGCGCGGAGCUCUGGGGCGUGCGCCGCGUGCGGGAAGCCCGAGGUCAGGGGCCACGUAGUCGUCUGCGACGCCUGUGAGCGCGCCUUCCACCUAGGCUGCGCAGGAAUGCGCGGGGGCCAGACCCUCAACUCGGACGAGUGGGUUUGUACGGACUGCGAGUCCAGCGGCGUCAAGAGCAAACGCUGGCCCUUAGGCGUCAAGUCCAAGCGUAUUUUGGAUAUGAACGCCUCGCCCCCGAGCGACGUCGACGGAGACUGCGACGGGGAGGGAAGCUCGAAUGUUCUGGAUUUGAGAAAACAAGCUCCGGGUGAUAAUUCUUUGGGCGGCAAUCCAUUUGGUGCUCCAGUGACAUUCUCUAACUUUUUGUACUCGGGAAAUGGCUUUGGCUUCCAAAAAGCUUCAAUGAUGCAGUAUAUGACUAGAAGAUUGGAGGAGGUAAAUAUGAUGGGUUUCCCUUUAGGAAUGUGUAAGAGUAGUAAUAAUGUAGCUGUUAGGCUACCAUCUCGGAAUCCAAGUGAGAUAUUUUUGCAGGCUCUUAGAGACUUUGUAUCCGAAAGACAUGGUGUGCUGGAGGAAGGUUGGCGUGUGGAAUUUAGACGAUCGAUGGUUAACUGUGAACUCUAUGCGGUUUACUGUGCUCCAGAUGGGAAGAUAUUUGAUUCAGUGUAUGAAGUUGCCUGUUAUCUUGGGUUGAUGUCUAACGUUAAUUCUGUGGAGCCCGAAUCAAGAAGUGAGGGGUCUCAGUCAAUAACAGGAAGGUCGCAUCUGUCUAGGAAAAGGAAGCCAGCAAGAUAUUCAACUGCAAAUGGUUUUGCUGAAAAUAAGGGAAUUUUGAUCAGUGAUAAUCGUAAAGAGCUCUCUUUGAAUGGCCUGACCAUGGAAGUCUAUGCAAGUACCAUUGGUAAUAAUGUAAAUGGUGCUGAAGUGAAUACUAGCUCUCGGUCUCAGCAAUAUAAUGAUUGGCUUCCCAUGCAGUUUGAAGAUUUCUUUGUUCUCUCUCUGGGUGAAGUUGAUGCUAGGCCAUCUUAUCAUAAUGUUAGCCAGAUCUGGCCUGUGGGUUAUAGAUCCUGUUGGCAUGAUAAGAUUACUGGUUCUCUUUUUCUGUGUGAAGUGCUGGAUGGUGGCGACUCUGGACCUACCUUUAGAGUCAGAAGGUGUUCAUGCCAUUCAUUGCCCAUUCCAAAUGGCAUAACCGUCCUCAGUAGGCCUAUCCCUGGACAUUUUGCUGGUUAUGCUAAUGACAAAAGUGAUGACAUUACUUCUCGUGAUAUGGAUUGUGGUGAUGAUUGCAGCAUUCAGAUGAUUCUAUCAGACCCUUGCCCGCCUUUGGAGAAUGAUAUUUUGUCCUGUCUUAGUAGAUGUUCAAGCGGAGCCUGUGAUGUUCAGACAUCAAACACAUUACAGGUUGAAACUUGUUUAACUAAUGAAAAAUCUGGAUCUGCUUUAUCUGGUGAAUUGAAUUUGAGAGAUGAAAUUGGUGAGAUUUUAGUAGAAGAUUGCUCAUCGUUGUCUGCAUGGAGAAUGGUGUCUAAAAAAUUCAUUACUGCUUGCUCUGAGAUCUGUAAACAGAAAGGAACCUUAAAGUUCUUCUGCAAUCAUGCUGAAAAUGAACUAGAAAGACCUAAUUGUGAUGUAACAACUGACACGAGAAAAACGAAUUUGAUUUCAUUAGAUAAAUUUCUCGGUCAACCGGAUUCUUUCACCAUCCCAUCUGUAUUUCAGACUGGCAAUGAGCUGGAAACUUCAAUUGAGUUGCUGGAGAAAUGGUUGGAGCAUGAUAGAUUUGGAUUAGAUGCAGAAUUUGUGCAGGAAAUCAUAGAACAGCUUCCUGGGGUACAAGCCUGUUCGCGCUAUGAAUUUCUGAGUAAUAGAGGCAGUUAUUCCUCAUCGUUAACAGUUGGAAAUGGGCUACUAGUGGUUAGAUUGAAAGGUGGAGUACAUCAUAUUGGAGAUGAAGAAUUAGAUGGUUUAUUUAGGAGAUUUAAAAAGGCCAGGUUGGUUGAAAACAGUGUCAUGCAUGAUCCUCUUCCUCCUCCAGGCAAGCCUCUGUGCUUGAGGAUUCCUCCUGAACUUGUUGGUGAUGUUUAUCAGGCAUGGGAGUUACUAUGGCGUUUUCAUGAAAUCUUGAGUCUGAAAGAGCCUUUGUCACUGGAAGAACUUGAAGAAGAACUCAUCAACCCAUGGUCAGAUAGUGCAAAUCUUCUAGAAAAGUUUGAAAAGGAUACUGAGCGGAGUCAAGGUGUACAUUCACAUAUAAUUGAUUGUACAGGUGGAUCAAUGUUAUCCCCAAGCUGUGAAUCUGGUCCAGCAGUAGAUGGCGAAAAUUCACUUGCGUUUAUAGAAAUGGAAACAGGAGAAAAAAAGGAGGCAGCUCAAGCAAAACUUGCUUCUUUUACUUAUAGUAGAUGCUCUGGUGUAGCUUUGACAAAGGCUCAUAAGUCACUGCUAAGAGUGCUGAUAGGUGAGCUACAAUCCAAGGUUGCUGCGCUAAUAGAUCCAAAUUUUGAUUCUGGAGAGUUGAAAUCAAAACGGGGAAGGAAGAAAGAUGCGGACAAUGGUAUUCCUGCAAAAAGAACCAAGAUCAACAUGCUCCCUAUUAAUGAACUAACAUGGCCAGAUUUAGCUCGUAGAUACAUUUUGGCUGUUUUAUCCAUGGAUAGUAAUCUUGACUCUGCCGAGAUUAUGGCUCGUGAAAGUGGUAAAGUCUUUCGCUGCUUGCAAGGUGAUGGUGGGGUGCUUUGUGGCUCACUUACUGGAGUGGCUGGGAUGGAAGCUGAUGCUCUUUUGCUUGCAGAGGCUACAAAGCAAAUUUUUGGUUCUUUGAACAGAGAAAAAGACAUUCUUACCAUAGAAGAUGAAGGUUCUGAUGCAAAUGCAACCGGUUCUUCUGAAAAGAAUAAUGAGAAUGAUGGUAACAUCCCGGAAUGGGCAAAGGUCCUGGAACCUGUUAGAAAACUACCAACAAAUGUAGGAACAAGAAUUAGAAAGUGUGUUUAUGAUGCUUUGGAGAAAGCUCCACCGGAAUGGGCAAAGAAAAUAUUGGAACAUUCAAUCAGUAAGGAAGUGUAUAAGGGCAAUGCCUCAGGACCUACGAAGAAAGCCGUUCUUUCAGUGCUAGCUGAUGUUGGUGGUGAGAAAGUGCAACAAAAAUCUGUAAAGGGAAUAAAACAGAAGACUGUUAUCUCUAUAUCUGACAUUAUUAUGAAACAAUGUCGUAUUGUAUUACGUCGCGCUGCUGCUGCAGAUGAUUCAAAAGUUUUCUGCAAUCUGCUGGGGAGAAAACUGAUAAACUCAAGUGAUAAUGAUGAUGAGGGAUUUCUUGGAUCUCCAGCAAUGGUAUCUCGCCCUUUGGAUUUCAGGACUAUUGAUUUGAGAUUGGCAACUGGAGCCUAUGGUGCAUCUCAGGAAGCUUUUCUCGAGGAUGUUCGGGAGUUAUGGAACAAUGUCCGUACUGCUUAUGGAGAUCAACCUGAUUUGGUUGAAUUGGCUGAAACAUUAUCUCAGAAUUUUGAAUCAUUGUAUGAAAGGGAGGUUGCUACUGUUGUCCAGAAAUUUGCAGGGUACACCAAAUUGAAAAGCUUUAAUGCUGAAACAAGGAAGGAAAUAAAUGAGUUUCUUGCUUCCAAAAGUGAGAUUCCCAAAGCCCCAUGGGAUGAAGGAGUUUGCAAAGUUUGUGGCAUUGAUAGAGAUGAUGACAGUGUCCUAUUAUGUGAUACUUGCGAUGCUGAGUAUCAUACUUACUGCUUGAAUCCUCCACUUGCAAGAAUCCCUGAAGGAAACUGGUAUUGCCCUUCUUGUGUUGGCAAACGCGUCAUUCAAGAUGCAUCAGAACACAUUCCGUUCAUAGACCGACGCCGGAGCAAAAGGCAUCAGGGAGAACUUACUCGUGUUUACUUGGAGACACUUGCACAUAUAUCCUCUGUAAUGGAAGAGAAGGAAUAUUGGGAGUUCAACAUGGCCGAGAGAGCAUUCCUGCUCAAAUUUUUAUGUGAUGAGUUGCUUAACUCAGCCCUUAUUCAUCAACACCUUGAGCAGUGUGCUGAGUCAUCAGCUGAGUUGCAGCAGAAAUUGCGUGCUUUCUCAAUAGAAUUGAAAAAUCUUAAGGCCAAGGAAGAAAACCUGGCUGCACGAGCUGCAAAGGUUGACAAAAGCAUGAUUAAUGUUGCCGGGGAAGUUAGUAUGAACGAAGGUGGUGCUAACACAGUUACAAACCUGGGUAAUUGUCUGGGACAACAGCAUAUUUUGACUGAUGGUCCUAACUAUGGAGUCUUGUCCAAUGAGCGGCCACAUCCAGAGGGUGGUCAAGAGAGAGCUGGACUUAAUGGUUUUGAUAAAGAUCCAUCUGUCACUAGUUCAGAAAUUAACAUUUUAACCAUGAAUCCCAUAGAUACUCAAGAUCAAUCAAAAGAUGCCUAUGGUGCUGUGGAUGACCGAAAAGGCAAUCUUUUCUGCCACAGGGCUUCUCAAGAGACUGACAAAUCCAUUAGACCAAAUGGGUUGCCAACAUCAAAUUCUUUAUCCCAGGAAAUUGAUGGCUCUGUCAGAGAAACCCCUUCUCAUGAUAACUUGCAAGAAUGUGAGGGAAGGGACAGUUCUUUGCCACCUUCAGAUCAGCAAGGACAUUUUACUCCUAACGUGGUGAGCAAUCAUCAAACUCAGCAUGCACCUGUUGCUGUGAAUGAGUCACAAGCUUAUCACCUUGAGUUGAAUUCUGUCAAGAAUGAAAUUUCAGAUCUGCAGGACUCAAUUACUAGUAUUGAGUCACAGCUUAUGAGGCUCUCUGUGAGGAGGGAGUUUCUGGGAAGUGAUUCUGUGGGUCGACUGUAUUGGGCUUCAGCUACACUGUGUGGAAAUCCAAGGGUCAUUGUUUGUGGGAGUGCAGGAGGCCCAGAGGACAAGAAUUUUGUUUUGCCGAAUUCUGCUUCAUCUGGAUUGGACCCUCUUCUGAAUUUAGAGGGGUCAAAAGCUUGCUGUCCAUUCCUAUAUGAAGUGAAUGAUGCUAUGGCCCCCUGUUCAUCAUGGGCUUGUUAUGAAACUGAUGCAGAAAUUGAUGACCUGAUUGCUUGGUUGAAGGAUAAUGACCCAAAGAAAAGAGAACUGAAAGAUUCCAUUCUCCAGUGGCAUAAGUUGAGAUUCCAGGACUCUUGGAAAAUUGAAAACCAAGGUCAGGAUGAGCACGAGACAGUUUUGUCAGUAACCAGAAAUUGUGAUAUAUCUGGGUCUUCUAAUUAUCUCAUUACCAAGGCAGCUGCAUUGCUUGAGAUGAAGCAUGGCCCCUGCUUUGAGUUGGAAACAACUGAAAUCAUGAAGAAGCGGGGUAAGAAGGCGAGAGUAAUCAAUGAUGAGAAGAUGUACAGGUGUGAUUGCUUAGAACCCAUUUGGCCUUCUAGGCACCAUUGCCACUCUUGCCACAGAACCUUUUCCACCGAUGUGGAACUUGAGGGGCACAAUGAUGGUAAGUGCAGUUCAGGUGCACCAGUGUCUGAGAAGAGUAAGGAAACAAGUGAUGUAAAGAAAAGCAAAGGAAAUCCGAAAGUUGAGGUGGUUCAAGAAGAGUGCAUAAAGGAAAAGGAUGCUUUAGAAACACCAAAAGGUGGAGGUUCUCAGUUCAGCUCGAGGCUGAUUAAAUAUCAGAAUGAAGGACUGGUAUGCCCAUAUAACUUUGAUGAGAUCUGUUCCAAGUUCUUGACAAAGGAUUCAAACAAGGAAUUAGUGCAGGAGAUUGGACUUAUUGGUUCAAAUGGAAUCCCAUCUUUUGUCCAAUCUGCAUCUCCCUACUUUGGUGAUUCUUUGUCACUAACAUUCAUUCCUCAGAAUGUAGGUGGUCCUGUUGAUGGGCCCAAGCCUACUAAAAGGCCAGUUUCACAAGGAAAUAUUAGUGUAACAAAAGUAGGCCAUGACGGUGUUUGUGAUAAUUCUGCCAGAAGUUUUUCUGCAACGGAAGUCUAUCAAGUGCUAAAAAAUGACAAGCCGGCUCUAGGAUAUUUGGAAAAAAGAGGAAAAAGAUACUCUUUAGAUGGCCGUUCUUCAGAAAUUGGUGUCAAUCGCUGCUGUGUGGUUCCCAUGUCUUCGUUGAAGCCAUUAGUAGGUAAAGUUUCACAGAUAUCAAGGCGACUCAAGAUUAACUUGCUUGAUAUGGAUGCUGCGCUACCUGAGGAAGCUAUGAGACCAUCGAAGGCACAUAUGGAAAGGAGAUGGGCCUGGCGUGCAUUUCUUAAAUCUGCCAGUACAAUAUAUGAGAUGGUUCAAGCGACAAUCAUAUUGGAAGACAUGAUUAAAACAGAACACUUAAGGAAUGAUUGGUGGUAUUGGUCUUCACUCUCGGCUGCUGCAAAAACUUCUACUCUCUCAUCCCUUGCCUUGCGAAUAUACUCCCUUGAUGCUGCUAUCAUAUAUGAGAAGAUUCCUUCCAGUUUAGAUCAGACUGAUAAUUUGGAAACGAGCAGCUUGCCAGAUCUGAAUCCACUUCCAAGCUUGGAUUUGUCAGAGAAAUCAAAGGUCAGCAGGAAGUCUAACAAGAAGAGGAAGGAACCAGAGGGUUAGUCUCGGGAUGCAUGAUAUUUCCUUUCCCCAGAAAUUCUAUUCGGACGAGUUUGAUCUGAGGUGAAACAGCAGUGGUCAUGUGUUGUAUAUAGAUAAUCAGAGAGAUCCACACUGUGGGUUGUUGUAUUCGGUCAGAUAAGUUGUGGGCAGGUAUUGGAAGGCGACUGAGAUUGAUGCUGUAGUCGCCAAAUCUUAUGCGUGUACAUAAGAGGUAAAGCUGACUUGCUAACUCGGAUAAGCGGUUGGGAAGCAGAGUUUGUUGGAGCGUCUGCUCGGAGGACUGGAGAAAAAGAGCCAUAUUGUAUGUGGAUGCAUCCAAUUUUGGAUUGAUUCUGCUGCAGCUUUCAGGUUUGUUGCUUGGAAAGAGAGAGUAUUAAGUAGGAUAAUUUUUCUCACAAAGAUCAAGAUCCAUAUACAUAUACAGAGGAAAUUCAUGUAAGAAAAGCAAAAAGGAAAAAAAAAAAAAAAAAAAAAAAAAGAGAGAGAAGGAAAUUAGAAACAGUGGAAGUUGAGCAGGUGUAGUCAUAUUCCAUUCUUUAUUCAUCA